AUGCUUGACAAUAGAAAUGCGUAUGCAACAAUUCCAUAUGAAAUCCAUGACUACUCGACAUACGCAUCAAUAUAUGCUCCUGAAAACAUCAAGAAAAACGACCCUACAGAUCCAAACUCAAGGUGGUCUACUACUUCAAAUGAUCACCAUCAAUACAUUGUACUACGUGUUCCACAGUGCAUUGUUGCAACAUGCACGUUCGGAAAGUACAACAAAAUGCAUGUCUGUAACGUUAAGAAAAUGAAGAUAAGCAUAUCUGAGGAUGGACUUAUGUACAGAGAAGUGUUCUAUGGCGGGCUUCGCAACGAUACAGAAAUAGAAACAUUCAAUAUGAAGGUUUUGGAAGACAUCUACAUGGUUGCAAGGUAUAUAAAAAUUGAGCCCCUUUCAGCAUGGGGCAUUAACUUCAACUUCUCCCUAUGGUUUGUAGAGCUCAGAGGCAUCACUGGCAUAGACAUAUUUGUUAAGUACAACCAGCAGGUAGUAUUCAAAAACUCAUUGAGGUACUGUAUGGCAUUUUUAAGGGACAAUGGAUUCAAAGACAUACACCAAGAGCUUGAAAGUAGAUGUGGGCAUAAUUCCAAGGGAAAUGCAGUAAAUAAGAUACGCAGUCUUCUUGAGCAGAAUAUGCAUGAAGAUGCGGAAGCGUUUAUAGAUUCUUUGGAUCUGUCGGUGUUUCAGGAGUUUAUAGACAAUUCUGCAUAUGCUCUUGUAUGGGCUGAGGUGCCAAAGAAAGAUGUGUGGCCUUGUGAGCGAGGAGGGCAUCAAAUGGUUGAAAUGGAUGGCAACAUAUAUCUUCAUGGCGGAUGGAAUGGACUAGAUGAGCUUGAAGAUUUCUGGAAGUACACAAAAGGUACCUGGGAACAACUGUCUUCUGGAAUGGUAUGCCCUGGAAAGAGGAGUUGCCACAGAAUGGUAGCGCACAAUUCAAAGCUGUACAUGAUGGGAAAGUACAUUCCAUUGUCCUCACGCAAGGGAUGCUCAACAAAAAACAGCCUUUGGGUUUACAAUGGAAGGUGGCAAUCGAUUGAAGCAUACGAUGAACAAGGUCCAGGAAACAUAUAUGAUCACCAAAUGGUAGUUGCAGGACACAGGCUUUGUGUUUUUGGAGGCAAAUCCACUGAGCGUGAGGACACUUAUUCAGGUCUUUAUGUAUUUUGCCUUGAUUCCCAGAGUAGGAUUGGCACAGAAACAAAUACAAUCAAUUUACACAUGGAAACACCGAGUCUGGAUGUGUCCAGUGCCUCAGACUAUUGUAGAUCUGCAACAAAAUAUGAACAUAUUAACUAUACUAGCAUAGACAAAAAAGACGAUAUAAGUAACAAUGAAUGUAAUCCAAUGGAUUUGCAACAAACCUCUGAAUCAAGAAUGCGUAAUGGAUGGAGAAUGAUACGAUCUGAUAUACAGCAGCCUGAAAACACUCCGGCGCUUAGAUCAAGAAUGGGGCACUCAAUGCUUUAUAUUCCAGAAGGAUAUGUAGAAGGAAGCAUAUACAACAAUUGUAUUGUGAUAGUUGGUGGGCAACGGGGUAAGGAGUCAAUCAAGGAAAUGGAGUUCUACAAGCUUGACACUGACACUAUUUUUGAUCGAGUGAUGUUUCCAGUAAAAGGCGAUGGAAAGGUAAUUCAGCGUAGUUUAUUAUACCAAGGGCAAAUAGUUGUGCUAUUCUGUUAUGGAAGAGAUAAGGAAGAUAAACUAGAUGAGAUGGAAGUUUACACAUACUCUCUUUUGAAGAGGGAGUGGAUGAAGGCGACUGAAAAGCCUGCAACAGAAGGUGCAAUAAAGAUCAAGCCCUCUGUAAGAUCUGCACAUCAGCUUGUUGAGUUGAAUGGUGUUUUUCAUGUGUUUGGAGGGAAUGUACCUGAUAAAGGUGACACUCGAAUGAAUGACAUGUGGGUGUUUAGUCUUAUGAAGGCAAGUACGCAUGAGAUAUGCCAUCUUUGUAAACUGCUUGUUCGGAAGCACAGGUAUCUUUAUUUACUUGAUCAUGAUGAGGAAGCAGCAAUUGAGUAUUUACAGAAUUCCAUAGCAAGCAUGGUGAUUGAUGAUAGCACACAGGAGAUAUUCGAAGAGCUGUGCCAAGAGGUUUAUGAGCGAACGAUGUGCACGAAUGUCAUUGAGGAUGUAUGCAGACUGCUACCUGAUGAGUGGAAGUAA